AUGCAUACCUCUGCUUUAAUUCUCAGUCUUUUUGCGGCUAUGGCUUUCGUCUCCGCGAAACCUCACGGAGUCAAGACUUACUCUAGCUGUAAGAAACCAGGUACCUUUGCUUUGACUUUUGACGAUGGACCUUACAAAUACUCUUGGGAUCUCGCUGAAUACUUGCAUAAGGAAGGUAUCAGAGCUACUUUCUUCACCAAUGGUCUCAAUGCUGUUGAUGUCCUUCACGAUAAGAUCAAGACAAAGGACGGUAAAAAGACUUACUUGGAACUUCUCCAACACCACGUCGAUAUGGGUCAUGAAGUAGGUAGCCACACCUACGAACACAAAGAUCUUGAAGGUCUCUCUGAAGACAAGGUCGCCGAGCAACUCGAUAAGCAAUCCGAUAUCAUUCAUAAAGCUAUUGGUAAGCGUCCUCGUUUGUUCAGACCUCCUGAAGGUGUCUACGAUGCUGUGGCCGAAAAGCUUCUCAAAGAACGUGGUUAUGUCAACGUUUUAUGGGACGUGGAUACCAAGGAUUGGAAGUUGAAGGGUCUCAAGUACUCUCAAGACCGUGUCAUGAAGGCCCUCCACAAGAAAGAUGCAAAGAGAAACGGUCAUAUCUGUCUUGAGCACGAUAUUCAUAAGCCCACAGUUGAAGAACUUAUUCCUUGGUUGAUCAAAUACGUCAGAGAUCAAGGUUAUGAAUUUGUUCCUAUCUCUGAAUGUAUCGGUGAAGAACCCUACCAAUAA